AUGUUAUGUAAAGAAUUUCAUUGGUAUUCGGCCGAAGAAGGUGGUUUAUUAGGCUCAAUUGAUGUAUUCUCACAAUAUUCAGCUAGAAAAGAAGUAGUGGUUGGUAUGCUACAACAAGAUAUGACCGGUUAUACUGCUGGGACCAAAAAGGAAGGAGUAGAGCCUCAUUUUGGUUUAAUCACCGAUUAUACCAGUGUAGAAUUGAACAACUUUUUGAAAUUACUUAUCAAUACCUAUAAUUCAAUACCAUAUCAAGAAUCUUCUUGUGGAUAUGCAUGUUCUGACCACCGAAGUCGAAACCUUUUACCUAUAGGUAGCCGUAAGAACUAA